UCGGUUUCCAAAAUUUGUUUGAUAGAGCCUUUCGAAUGCAAGAGAUAUGGCGUUGGUGAAUUUCACUUUGCCCUAUCAAUCAGUAACAAUGGCACCGUUCCUUUAUGCGGAUUCGAGCGGGAGCCAUACAACUACCAACAGUCUUCGUUUAAGUGACUUGUUACCAUCAAGACUUGCAUCUAGUUACAACGAAAGAGAAAGCUUUCGUAAUGAGCCUUAUGCAUUACCAAUCAAGUAUCAUCAGCAGCGAUACAGUCAGACUACACAGCAGAAAAGUCAUGAGAUUUAUACGGAACAUACAUCGAUGCAGGACAACCGUUACACUGUAUACAAUCAGGACAUUAGACGGACGCAGCCGAGACAGCAGCAGCAACAACAACAGCAACAGCAACAAAUAAAAUCACCUGCGUCCUCAUCGUUUCAACAGCGUUCUUCUGAACCUCUCAAAACUUGGCUGGAAAAGCAGGAAAAUUAUCCGGAUAGAUCUAUCGGUUAUAGAAAAGUUAACGACGGCAGUUCCGUUAGUCCGAAUACUAAGACUUCGAUCCAUGCCGUGUUAGAUUAUGAUGAUGAUUUCGAAGAUUACUAUGAUGACCAGAAUCAAAACAUACCCACAAAUGCGCACGUUACGCCUAUUCAGGGUCCAAUCUUUCUUAAAAACGGUUCAGUGCCUGUGGUCCCUUUAUAUUCGUAUCCUCAGUUGAACAAUGGGACACUCGUGCAAAUACCGAUACUGUGGACUGCGCUUUCAAUAGCUUUGGGCGUUGAACUGAGAGGAGACUUGGUACGAGGUACACCAUGCAUCAAGAAAUAUCAUCAGUUAUUUUGUCCAACUGCUGGAAACACAUAUCCAAUAGAACGGAUAGAACGUUUCAUUGACGAAAAUAAAGCGUUAAUGAAAAGAAUGUAUGGUAAUUUUGAAAUAAAUUCAAACUAUGGGUCAAAUGAUCGCGGACAUGUUAGAACGCAAAGAAAAAGUAGAGAAGCACAAAGACACGAUAUCCCGGAUGGCGGGCCUAGAGAUGACAAAUUUUACAUAGAAAGCGAAAUCGGCGAAGAAUAUUUUAGCAAGAGUAGAAAUACCAGAGAGUCCAUCGGAAAAAAUCGCAGUACAGAGAAUAACAGAAUUGACGCGUGUGAAUCAAAAGUCGAAAUUGUGACUCCUUACUGGGCAAGCAACAGUGCUGGCAAGAUUCGUGCUAUCGUGAAUACUCAACAUUUUGAGCAAGCAAUACAUCAGGAAAUAUGCUCAAAAUCGCAAACAAAUCGAUGCAGAGACGACUGCGGAUGCGAACAAAAGUACAAAUGGCACAGGUUGCUCGCAUACGAGCCAGACAACGAUUGUAAGGGUAUAUUCAUGGAUUGGUUCCUGUUUCCUUCUUGUUGCGUAUGUAGAUGCGAUCGUGCAAAUAGCAACAAGUUCUCCUCAUCUGGUGAUGGAAAUUGAUUUAAAAAUUUACCCAGAUAUUGACAUGCCGAUAGAGCACAGAAAGAUUGCAGAAAUAUUACAUAAAUAUUCCGAUGUAAUAAUGAAACAUUUCAUAUACAUUGUGAAAUGCUAUAAUAUUGUUGUAACAUUACAACAUUAAAAUAUUUUAUAAGUAGGAUUGCAAUGUAAUAAUCGUACAAUCUGUAAUAACACAAUGCAUUAGCUCGUGAAUUAGCUCAUAAAAUAUUCACUUUUUGAUUUUAUCUUCUUAUUUUUUACAUAGAUAAAGAAAGAAAUCAACUAAUAGUAUUAAUUUAUACAUUACAAUUUUGCAAAAUCCAUGCUAACAUAUCUACAAAAUAUAAUUUCUACAAAUAAGUUUUUUACAUUAAUCGACUUAUAUCUACGUACGCAUGAAUAAGUAUAGAUGUGUAUACGUUUAAGAAAUAAAUAUUUCACGAAAUGAUUCAUAUUUUAUGUUAAUAAAUGUCACGUGAUAAAGGAGGAUGUAAAAAA